GCGACCGGGAAGGCGGAGCGCGACGCUGCACUCCUCUGCCAAGCCGCUCACCCCGGCCCAGUCUGGCCUGGCCCGGCCCGCGGCCUCCAGUACCCCGAAUUCCGCGGUGCCAGUGGGCGAAAAGAGACCUGUCUUCUGCGCCUGGGCUUCGCUCCAGCUUCCGGGCCAUCCCUUUGAGACCACCCCACCACGAGCGACAGCUUGAGAUCUAGCGUGCGCACACGCCCACCCUCCCCAGAGAGCCUGCCCCGGCCGGAGAGCGCGAGUUCGCCUCCUGCUCCCAUCUCCCCAGCCGUGCCUCUGGCCAGGAGCCCCACCCCCAUUUUAUGCUAUCCCAGGGCUCUCUCUUCCAACGCCAACCUAACUUUAAUUGACUCGGCGCAUCAGGUACCCCUCCCCAAACUUGUUACCCGAGUUCUCCAGGUGGUCCCACCGUUGGAGACAUUCCUGCAAGCCCUCCGUGACCUCUUCUAAUCGCUACUUGGUGACCUAAGGACUCCGUUUUGUUACAUACUCCUCCAGGGCGCAGUUUUUACCCAGCUUCCUUCCUCUUCAUUCUAUCCCCGCGUCCACCAUAUCCCAUCCUGGUCCUCAACCCUAGUCCCCAUGGUCCCAGAGCCUGGCCCUGUCAACAUUAGCAUCCCAGCCUGGGGGCCCGGGCCACCGCCUGCCCCAGGGGGAAGCGUCUGGGUGGCCACCGCGCUGUGUGUGGUCAUCGUGCUGACAGCGGCCGCCAAUUCUCUGCUGAUCGUACUCAUCUGCACGCAGCCCGCGCUGCGCAACACGUCUAACUUCUUUCUGGUGUCGCUCUUCACGUCGGACCUGAUGGUGGGGUUGGUGGUGAUGCCACCGGCCAUGCUGAACGCGCUGUAUGGGCGCUGGGUGCUAGCGCGCGGCCUCUGCCUGGUUUGGACCGCCUUCGACGUGAUGUGCUGCAGCGCCUCCAUCCUCAACCUCUGCCUCAUCAGCCUGGACCGCUACCUGCUCAUCCUCUCGCCUCUGCGCUACAAGCUGCGCAUGACAGCUCCGCGUGCCUUGGCGCUCAUCCUGGGUGCCUGGAGCCUCGCGGCGCUUGCCUCCUUUCUGCCCCUGUUGCUGGGUUGGCACAAACUGGGCAACUCUCGGACACCUGCCCCCCGCCAGUGCCGCCUAUUGCCCAGCCUGCCUUAUGUUCUCGUGGCUUCUGGAGUUACCUUUUUCCUGCCUUCAGGUGCCAUCUGCUUCACCUACUGCAGGAUCCUGCUGGCCGCCCGCAAGCAGGCGGUGCAAGUGGCUUCGCUCACCACGGGCAUGACUGGCCAGGCCUUGGAGACCUUGCAGGUACCCAGGACCCCCCGCCCAGGAAUGGAGUCCGCUGACAGUAGGCGCUUGGCCACCAAGCAUAGCAGGAAGGCCUUGAAGGCCAGCCUGACCCUGGGCAUCCUGCUGGGCAUGUUCUUUGUCACAUGGCUGCCCUUCUUUGUGGCCAACAUAGCUCAGGCCGUGUGCGACUGCAUCUCCCCAGGCCUCUUUGAUGUCCUCACGUGGCUCGGGUAUUGUAAUAGCACCAUGAACCCCAUCAUCUAUCCACUCUUCAUGCGGGACUUCAAGAGGGCCCUGGGCAGGUUCCUGCCAUGCAUCCACUGUCCCCCCGAGCACCGGGCCAGCCCUGCUUCCCCCUCCAUGUGGACUUCUCACAGUGGUGCAAGACCAGGCCUCAGCCUGCAGCAGGUGCUGCCACUGCCUCUGCCACCGAACUCAGAUUCAGAUUCGACUUCCGGGGGCGCCUCAGGCCUGCAGCUCACAGCCCAGCUCCUGCUGCCUGGAGAGGCGACCCGGGACCCCCCGCCACCCACCAGGGCCGCCACUGUGGUCAACUUCUUCGUCACAGACUCUGGGGAGCCUGAGAUACGGCAGCAUCCGCUCAGUUCCCCUACGAACUGACCAGGUCAAGAGUUGGCCAGCGGAGAGCCACAUCCCAGAGACCUCAGUCCACGCUCCCUAAGACUGGGAGAUGGUAGCCCUCCCGGGAGCCUGCUGAGUCCCAUGAGACAUCCUCAGCUAGCCCCCAUCUGCUGCUACAGGCCCCUUGACAUGAGGGGUGAUCAGAAACAGCUCUGUGGUUUGUGCGGUGUGGCUGGGGGACUCAGGGAGAUGGGCCACUUGGUUCAGGCCAGCAGGAAAGCGAACAAUUCUUAGUCCUUUCUCUCUUGGAGGGUGGGAAGAACACCCAUCUAGACACCCACCCUGGUUCUUGUCUGGCCCAAUCCCCUGCACCCAAAGUGCCAUCCAUGGGAUAUUGGGGUUCUCAUAGGCCCUGGGGAAUUUACUCAAAGUGCCCACCCUCUCCACUGAAGACGUGUUCAGUCAAAAUUGUAUGUUCAUGAACUUUUCCACAUAUGUAUUAGCUGGACACUUCAGACCAGCCAGCCCCUAGGAUGGGAAUUGCAACACUAAAGAGCACCUUAGGCUGGAAGCCAGGCAGCCAGAAACAUGACUCUUUCCUCAACUAUAUAUAGCAGUUUGGGGCCUUGGCACAGGUCUCAAGGAAGAGUAAAGAUGCCUCCUUAUAAGAGAACAUAAAUGGUGUGCCCAGCACUUGUGAGGGGCCAGUAGGUGGUACAUUCUGUUGUUUUAAUUCCUGGCCAGCCAGGGCCUUGCUCUGGCAGAAGGGUAUUAAGCGCCCCUCCCUCUCUCCCCUCCUUUCUUCCUUCCCUCUCUUCUCUCUCCUUACUUCACUUUUAUUUUUUCUAGGAUCUCAUGUAGCCCAGGAUCCUCAAGUUGCCACACGCAUCUCUGUGUGGCCGAGGAUGACUUUGAACUUCUGAUCCUCUUGCCUCUACCUCCCAAGUGCUGGGAUCACAGGCAUGUAGUACACAUCAGAUUUAUGUGGUGCUGGGUGGGACCUCAGGGCUUCAUGAGUUCUAGAAAGCAAUCUGUCAGCUGAGUUAUGUCCCCAGCACCCCCUUUUCUCUGUGAGGACAGCUUUGCACAUGCUAGGCAAGGGCUCUCCAUUGAGCUACACCUCAGCCCCACUGUUCUUUCCCAACCUAGAUUCCCAUACCCCAAAUCAGGCUCCCAGACUCUUCUUUCUGGUGGGUGGAGGACCCCACCACUCAGGGACCCUUCCAGCCCCAUCUGCUGUUCUGCCUCUAGGGGCUGCUGACAGAUCUUGUGCAACCUCAAGGGUGGGUUUCCUCCACCCCAGGCUUCCCAGAGAGGAAGCAGCUGAUAGAAGCGGGCCCAGUUCCUCAUCCUGCUUCCUUUGGAUCUCCCUAGGGUCGCUGAAAGAAAAGACAGCUGCUUGGGUGGGCAGAGCACAGUAGAAGAGGAAAUGUCCCUGGCUUGGGGGUGAAGCCACAGACAAGCAGGUGGGCUCCGGCUUUGGCCUGGCUUUUGUGGGUAAGGGCGGGGACUCUUGGCUCCAAGCUUCUCUGAGCCGAGUUCCUCCUCAGCCCCAGGUCUUGUAGCCCUCGUGUUCCAUCAACCAGGCUCCCAGGCUCGUCCAGAGCGGCCAGGAGCUCUCCUUGGUGCUGAUCACACUCAACUGGGCCCUGGCAGCAGGGUUUCGGUGCUUGCCAGGGUUCCUUUGCCCCAGGGCCUGCCUGAGGGACUCAAUAAACAGAAGCUGAAGGAAGUGA